AUGGGCCCAUCUUUUGGUAACUCAACAUUCCAGUCCAAAAUAACAGAAUCAGCUGAUAUUGUUGUUGGAAUAUGUUAUGUGGUAUUUGGAAUAUGCUCCUUGUGUGGUAACGGUGUUCUCCUGUAUGUCUCCUAUAAGAAAAAGAAUUUGUUGAAACCAGCAGAAUACUUCAUUAUUAACCUUGCCAUCAGUGACCUUGGUAUGACUCUGACAUUGUACCCUCUAGCUGUAACCUCCAGCCUUUCACACAGGUGGCUAUAUGGGAAACAGAUUUGCUUGUUCUAUGCAUUUUGUGGAGUGCUGUUUGGGAUCUGCAGUCUCUCAACACUGACAUUACUGAGCACUGUGUGCUGCCUCAAAAUUUGUUUUCCAGCUUAUGGAAACAGGUUCAGGAGAGAACAUGGACAAAUCUUGAUAGCCUGUGCUUGGAUUUACGCAGCAGUUUUUGCCUCUUGUCCCCUAGCUCAUUGGGGAGAAUAUGGAGUGGAGCCCUAUGGCACAGCCUGCUGCAUUGACUGGCGUUCCACCAACAUAAAUGCUGUGGCCAUGUCUUACACUGUAGUCCUCUUUAUUUUCUGUUUUAUUCUCCCUUGUGGAGUAAUUGUCACUUCUUACUCUCUUAUUCUGGUAACUGUGAAAGAAUCCAGGAAAGCAGUGGAACAGCAUGUCUCUGGCCCUUCCAGGAUGAGCAACCCGCAAACCGUUACUGUCAAGCUGAGUGUUGCUGUGUGCAUUGGAUUUUUUGCUGCCUGGAGCCCUUAUGCCAUCAUUUCCAUGUGGGCAGCUUUUGGAUCAAUAGAUAAGAUUCCUCCAUUAGCCUUUGCUGUGCCAGCUGUCUUUGCAAAGUCCUCCACACUCUACAAUCCAGUUAUCUAUCUCCUCCUGAAGCCCAGUUUCCGAAACACCAUUGCCAAAGAUUUCACAGUGCUUCAGCAGCUAUGCAUCAGGAGUUGGUUUUGUGUCAAGGCACCGCAGGACUACAGAUCAACUUUGAACACCAGCCUGAGAACAAAUAAGGGCAAAAAUGAACCUAGCUGUAAUUCUCUGCCAAUUGUGGAAGAAUGUUCUUAUUUCCCCUGUGAAAAGUUCAGUGAUACUUUUGGAUGCUUUCAGAGGUAUCCAAAAUGCUGCCAGGAGAGGCUAAGUGCUAUGGAAUACGCUCCUCAAGAAACUGUGUCCUUGGAGAGCAACCUCCAAGAAAAAGUAAGACAGACCAGUAAGAAGUCAGUAAAGGUGGUUGUGCAGGAAGGAAAAAGCACUGAAAUCGAUACCUUGGAAAUCACCUUGGAAGCAGUACCUGUGCAUUGUACAUUUACAGACCUCUAG